AUGGCCACGCGAAAUAGCGUUGCCAAGGUGCACGAUGCGAUGGGCCCAGAUGGCCAGUCCUCGCACCGCAGGGGGCCCAGCACCCCUUCGCCACUAGGACACCGCGACUCAGUGAGCUCGGCUGGGUCGUUUGCGACGACGAGCAACUCGGAAAACCCGUUCGAGUUGGGUAGCGGACCUAGCCAUCCGUAUGGCAUGUACCCGCAGCACACCAUGGCCCGUCCCUUGAGCGUAGCAACAACCUCGACCGAACGCCAGCCCCAUCGAUCCAUGUCUUUACAGCGCCCAACCCACCCGUAUGCCAUGUACUCUCAGAGCGGCCUCGCUGACGACGAGCCUCAAGAGGCCCUUCCAGAAGCAUCACGAGCGGUGGUGCCUCCUGUGCAAACCGCCAUGGGCCCAGUAGGAUUUCCUGGACUCAACAGCGGCUACCAUAGAGUCUUGGGACCAGACGGUGAAGAGCAGGAUAUUAUUGGACCAGAUGGGCAUACCGAGCAACUACCACCUUACUCGAGGUAUCCAGAUGAGGGUCCAACCAAAGCUUCUGUGGCUGCCGAGCUGAGCGCAUCGCGCAUAAUUCCUGCACCUGUUCCAGGCGCCGAGUCGGAGGAUCCGUUCAACACACCACUAUCUCCCUCAUCACCAGCAAGCAGGAUCUCAUUCUCGACCCCGGCUUUGCCCGUGGCGCCAGCGCUCCCCACCGUUACUCCCGCUCGCCUGCCCCCUCAAAGACCAGAAACUCAAACGGGUAACCCGGCGCCUGCGAAUUCCGCGUCAGCACAAACGAUACCCGCGGAACCCUCUGACUCGUCUUCGGCAUCCUUACUCACCACGGAGAAUAGCUUCAAUGAGAAAGCUGAUCCUGGGUGUGCCCAGCCAAAUUGGCGCAAGAGGAAAAUGUGUGGCAAGAUACCAAUGGGGAUUUUUGUAGUGGUACUCAUGUUACUGCUAGUGUGUGCUAUUGCACUUGGAGCAGCUAUUGGAACAAUUAUCGUGAAGAAGCAUCACAACGACCAGAAAGAAGGCGAAGGCGACAAGCCUCAUGAUCCACCACUUUCACAGGUUACUGGGCCAAAUGGUUCGCUUUUUGAUGCUGUGCCUAUCCCCACGCCCUCAGGGCUUUCACCAUUACCCACGGGUGCCUUCGCUCUGCCAUUAGGAAUACCACAGGAAAGUAACCCAGGAUGUUUGGCACGUGCCAGCCAAUACUCGGCCUGGUCUUGCAAAAUGACAUUUGCACCCCUUGUACUCACCAUCAAUGACACAUCGGAAAUUCCAGGCUGUCAGCAAUUUGCGUCUAUGAAGCAAGGCUCUUCCAUCCCCAGUGAUGUCAUACUUUAUGGUCUACAAACUCCACAACUGGAACAGGAGUUCAUGGACCUAGUAGUCGACCUAGAUUACAAGGCAUAUGGUCCAGCUUUUCACUUCAAGACGCGCUACGACAAACUAGUAAUACUGAGACCGGAAGAGUUGAGCGGUUCACAAGAUCUUACGACAAGGCGAAGCGAAUCAGUCUUUCGCCAGCACUUCAUCGUGAGGCCUGGCGAUAUGCCAUGGUACUGUUUCUGGAACGAGACCUACAUUGAAGGCUACAUUUACGCCACGGACAACUCGUCUGCCGCAUCCUACACCGUCUUUCCCAGCCAAUCAUCGACGUCUCCCGCGCCAACCUCGUCAGACUCGAUCGCCAUCAACGCAGCCAGUGCGGCAACCAUGACCAGCGGUUCCUCAACACACCCCACCCCAUCUACCGGAGCCACUCCAACAGCCGCUCCUCCCGUACGCCGCGAUGCAAGCUCCUCGUCCGACCCCGCCGCCCCACCUCGCAUGUUUCCCUACCCCCGCAUCGUCAAGAUUGAAGAACGCCGCGUCCCCAACUCGCCGCCACCGUACUGCCAGCGCAUGCUACUCCUGGACAACGGCAUCAUGACUACGGCGCCCAACGGCCCCAACGGCCCUCUACGCAUCAUGCUGCAGGAACAGGAUCCCACGUACGAAGAGUACAUUGCCGCAUCCGAGGACGCACAUAGUAAGCGCGAUGCUCUUCCUGAGGAUAUCCGUCCCCGAAGUGAUCCCUCGAGUGCAUGUCAUUGCCAGUGGAUGUUCAACUAG